AUGCCACCAUCCAAGCCAAAACCAUCUGAGAUAGCAGCUGAAGCAAAGCGGAUAUGGCUACCGUACAUCUGGAAGCACUACGUCAAGGACCCCAAGACUUCGUACGCGUACCCGGAUUCAUCUGCUAUAAGAGUCGGUGCGGACAAGAGGUCGCGUAACAGGACACGGGUUGCUGUGUUAGAAGGUGACCCCAUCACUCACGCAAUGGGCUGGUACCAGAAUGCCAUUCGCGACCCCGUGUACAAGCAUUGCAAACGCAUACCGGUUGUCAACAUGGCCAACGAGAGGCGUGCCGGAGGAGAUUGGGAAUCUGGCCUGACAGCACCCGAAGAAUGCUUUGCAAGGAGAAGCAAUCUCGUGCAUGCGCUGACGAUGCCGUGGAACGCGCAGCUGGGAAGAGACGAGAACCACUAUCCAAUACCGCAAAGAGGGGGUAUAUAUUGCCCAGAAGUUUUUGUCUUUCGAGGGGGCCCGGACAUGGACUAUGCUACUUUCCAAGAGAUCGAAAAGCUACCAGUCAUCUCAGUCGCUCCCGUGCGAGGACCAAGGCUCAACGAAGCAGGCAGCAGCUACUCGUUCGAACAGGAGAAAGAGCUGAUGAAGGAGAAGAUGAGAACAGUUCUACGAAUUGCAGCGUAUUGCGACCACAAAAACCUGGUCAUAGGAGCUUUCGGCCUUGGGCCCAUCUUCCGAAAUCCCGCACGAGAAGUUGCGAAGAUGUGGAGGAUACUCCUGUAUGAAGAGGAAGAAUUCCGGGGCGUCUUCACAGACGUCGUGUUUGCCAUUGACAGCAACAUGGUGGGGCCGCCGGCCAAGACUGGAGUCUCAGACGUCGACAUCUUCAGGGAAGAACUGGAUCCUUCGACCAUCUUUCCAACACGAUAUGGCUGGGGCUAG